AUGGCUGAAGCUCUGGACAAUCAGGUUAAGACCAAGGUCUCUAUUAAGGCGCUUUUGGCUAAACUAUGUGAAGGAACAGCAGAAGUGAAUGCAAACAAUGGCACCAUCAGUGGUGUUCUUGUAACUGUGGGAUAUCUUGCUAGAGUGGAGGAUUUUGAUGAGUUUGAGGAUGUUGAUAUGUUAUACAACACCUUAUCACUAGACAAAGUAGAAGCUCUAGAAGAUCUUGUGAUCAUUGGUCCACCUGGCCUCGUUAAGAAAAAUAGCGAUGGUCAAAAAAUGUUAGCUUCUACUUUAAUCCCUCAGCCUAUGUCAAUAACCAAUGCCGGAUUCAAAGAGGACAUAAAAGUGUCCUUUGGAAGCAUGUUAUUGCAUGGCCUUGCCAUGAGUGAACAUGAAGGUGGCCUUGAGGUAAUUUCUUGCUGUGUUCCUGGGAUCCUUGAGGAUACGAAGAAAUGUUCUUUACAAGAAUUCUUAGCAUAA